AGAUGGCUCAUGUUGAUCUCAAAACACCUUCCUUAUGUACCAGUGAACCUUUGGCUAAGGAACCCCUUAGCCAUGCUCUAUCAGUGUUCAGUCAAAUGGUGAGGUCCUGCUAUGGCCCCACGGGUAGGCUUAAACAGCUUCACAAUGGUGUAGGUGGAUAUGUGCGCACAUCAUCGCAGUCCUCAGCUUUGCUUGGUGGCCUUUCGGUCACUCCUCCGGUGUUAAAGCUUCUGACAGCUUCCGUGCAGAAUCAUCUUGCACGCUUCAGUGACUGUGGCUUGUUUACGGCCAUCUUUUGCUGCAGCCUGCUUGAAAAAUUUCAAGACUUGAACAUCACUCCUUGUACUUUCAUUAAAAUCAGCCAACACCUUUUGAGCCUGUGCAUUGACUAUCUUGCAUCUGAAACAUGCGGUUGUAGAAUACCGGUGGAUUUUAGGAGUUCUAAGAUCCCUCUGACUCUGGUCCGUAGUGUAUUAAACAGCAAACCUGCCUGCAGGCUUAGCAGAAAGGAAGCCGACCACAUCAGCAUUUUGGUGUUAGAAGCCUUUCUAUUUACAAUCCCAGAGAACAUUGGCACCCAUGUGGUGCUAGGAAAAUGUCUUUACAUCCCUGUAAAGAAUAAGCGGGUUAUGGAUUCUGCUGUAUAUCCUGGACUUCUGAUAGAAGUACCAGAACUGCACCUGGCAAGAAUACCUCUGAUCAAAAGAGAUACUUCAGGCACAAUUAAGAUGGCACUUUUCUGUAUGUCUCUGUCUGGAGACUUGUCCAACAGUGGAGAAGGAGCCAUUGUUGUACCUCAAGGAGUUUCUUUAGAAGCAACAGUCUUAGGUCAGUUGCUUCAUGUAGGCAAGCAAAUAGUAAAGGAUGGUGUAGGCGUUUUGGUGUGUCAGAAGGUCAUCCACCCAGCCUUGCAACAGUACCUGAAGGAGAACCAUGUUGUUGCAAUAGAAAGAGUUGGACUGAUGUUGAUGGAGCCCCUGAAACAAAUGACAGAUUCUCAACCAAUACCUUCUCUACAACUUGUGUCUCCUGCUUGUUAUGGCCAUUUGAAGGACUUGCGAACUCAGUGUAUUGCUUCAAAAUGGUUCUUUCAUCUAAUUCCUAAUGACCCAGUUGUCUGCAGCUUGAUGCUGUGUAACAGGAAUGAAACAGCAUGGGAUGAACUGAAGCUUGCCUGUCAAACUGCAGAACAUGUCUUGCAGUUAACCCUCCGUGAUCCCUGGGUUUUGCUUGGCGGUGGCUGCACAGAAACUAAUUUGUCCUCAUACAUCAGGCACAUGAGCUCUACUGUGGCAGGAGGUACUUUGGAAGAACUGUGCUGUUCUUGGGCAGAGUUCAAGAUGGUGACUGACUCCUUUUGUUCUGCAUUAGAGUCUGUAGCUUGUUGCCUAGACCAUGAUGGUGGCAACGUUCUCACUGAUACGAAGUGGGGUCAUUUUUGGUCUGUUCCACCUGAUGUUCCUAGCAGGUCUAACUGGUCAGACUUAAUUUGGAAGUGUGGGUGUGGUCUUUGUGACAAAGAGCAAAGCCUCCAUUGGAGGAUGCUGAAGAGUUGUGCCAGUCCUUUCUGCCCACAAAGUUGUGUCAAUGAGUCUUCUGUAAGCUCCGCUGACAAUCUGAUUCUGGACUGUUUUGCUGCCAAAAAGAAUGGUCUUCAGGUUGCUGUGGAGAUAGCCAAUCUGCUUCUAGAUAUCUCAUAUGUAAUUGAAGAUCAGAAUUAGCUGUGUUUGAAUAUCCUAUGUACAGUGACCUUCUCAGGCAUGCCAUCCUCCUUGAAGAAUAUCUUAAUGAAGAUUGUGAGGCACCCGUGUCAAAAAAAAGGGCAUUCAAUGUGGAAGCUGCAGGUGUAACACAAGCCUAUAUCCCUCACUGUCUUUUGUACCCAUGGAAGAACUCUGCACAUGGCUCCUUCUCUGUUGAUUUGAUAUGGCCAAAAGAUGAUCAUGACUGGACUAAAUCUUUCCUUGGUUCAAAAUAUGUAUUUCUGUUUGUGCAUGUGUUUAGUCUCAUCCCACAGUGAAUCUGUACACACAUGGAUAAAGCAUUUCAUUGGGAAGUCUUACAAACUAAUAAGCCUAGCAUUUAGCAAGGCAGUGGUGGAAACUGAUGAGAGGCUAAGCACAAUCACAUUACCUCAAGACUGUCAAGGUGAUACUAGAGAGAAUGGAGCUGAAGUCACUUUAUAGCCACCUUCCAAGAUUAUCUUAUUGCUGUUCAAAUAACAGCAGAGACUUGUCAGCCUAAAAUGUCAAAUAAGUGAGCUGUGAAUUCAUAGCAAGUUAAUUAGAAAAUGCAAAACCAAGCUAUGUGUCAAAAUCAUUGUAGGUUGUAUCUAAUUCAUUUGAAUUUAUGUCAAAGGCAGAUCAGAUAAAGCUGUAAAAUUAAUAUUUAUUGCUUUAAUUCUAUUGAAAUUGUCAAAGCUUCAAAACGUUUUUCAUAGUGUUGUUCAUGUUCAGUGAUUAUAGUUUAACCAAGACAACAACAACAACAACAAAAGAGGAAAAUUUCUUAUCCCACUGCUUGCUGCUCUUGCUGUUUUCUUUGGAGAUCUGUAUCAUUCUUACUUUUCAAAAAUGAUCAGCUUUCCAAUAAUUAAAAUGAGAAAGUAGACUAAAAUGCUUGUGUGUUUUCCUAAACCCACUUUAAAAUUAGCCAGAUUGGACCUCGUAACGUAGUAGAAUUUAAAUUGGCUUUUGAAAUAGUAAUCGUAUUGUAUAGCAGUUUAAUUUGUGGCAACCUAAAUUGUGAAAUACCCCACCUUGGCUUUGGUGCAGUUUCACACUGGUGCAACGAUAACACUUAGUUUAAAUUGUUAAGAGGGGCCUUUUUGGAAGGUUUACGUUACAUUACAUUAUUUUACAUUCCAUUCCAUUAUUUUUACUGUUUUCAGUUUUAAAUUGUUUAUACAUAUUUUAUUGGAAACCACUAGGAGAUCUUAGGGUUAUAG